AUGCUGUAUAAUGGACGACAUGUUGUUCCUCGAACAUAUGUAUCUAGUUCAGUCGAGAUCGGAUCAUCCACCACUAAUAAUUCUACUGCUAUCAAUAUUGAUAGGUUUGUGAACUUGUACGAUGUUCCAGAUGAAGAAAAACAAAUUGAUGGAAUUGAAGGAACGGAAAUUGUUCACCACAUGGCCAGGAAUGAAGUUUUGACAUAUUACAAAUCACAAUACGCCUCACCUUUUGUUGAAACUCAAACAAGAGUUAACAUGCUGUGGAAAUGUAGAUUUGGUACUGACACUGUACUUGAUCUAACUUUCUGUUAUCACUUAUCAUUGGAGGAAAUAGUUUCAGAUUUACUUGAAAUUCAACUCAAUCUCAACAAUUCAUUAGAGAAAAGAGAGAAAUGUCAAGAAGAAAUUGAGUACAUACUAGAUUUGAGAGAUAAUAUAGAGGUAGUAUUUAUGAUAGUGUUGAACAUGUUAAAUAUUUACAAACAUAUGCAGAGGGGAUUAGAUUUUCAAGAGGCCUGUUAUGAAUGUGGUAUCAAAUCACAAAGAAUAUACGCCAUACAAGAGCUCAAGGUUGAACUGGUUAUUAGAACUAAAAUACUUUUUGAAUUGUUGUUAAAAGAGCUAGGGAACACUACUAACGAGUUAUCACGUUUAUAUGUCAUAACCUUUUCUGUUUUUAAUAAUUUUGAAGAGUUUGGUAUUGAGGAAUUUUUUGAGGUUUUCCCACGUGAUUUAAUGGAAAGGUUUUUGGACAUGGUCAUAGACACCUCUGUACAUGAUUUAACAAAGGCUUCCUUUCUGAGCUAUUUGAAAGGUAUUGUGGAAAGAGUUCCACAAAAAUUUUACUCUGUGUAUUAUGAUUCUUUCUUUACAAAGAGAAAUUUAUUCAUCGAUGCCUCAAAGUUCUGUUCCUACUGGUCACAUUAUCUGUUCAUUCUCUCUAGCUAUGCUACUGGUAUUGUAUUUAGGUAUUUGAUUUCACGAAUUUCUGUUAUCCAAUCGAGUGAAAAUGAUGAAAAGCAAAAGGAGAAAAGCACACUUCUGGUACUUGAUUGUAUCUCACAGAUUAUUAACAGACAGGAAAAGGAGUUUGCAAUCAUGCAUGCAAGUGCUAUUGAGGAGUUUAGUACUUUUCAAUUCAACUCGAUCGGUUUACAAAAACAAUUUUUCAAAGUUCAAAACGAGAUAGAACUCCUCCUCACUGGAACUAACUCCUCUCCAAUUUCAAUUUAUAUGAAAACACUUGAGAAGACAUCGAAUAAUAAUAUUGUUUUCAUUGUUGAUUUCAAUGGCACAAAAAAGAAAAUGUCAAUGUUAGAUAAGUGUGGAUAUUCUGAUUUCCUAUUAUUGCUUGAGGAAAAGUUUUCUAUUAAUAAGAAUGAUGUGCUGAUUAAUGUCUUUGAUACAGACUGCAGAGAUUAUGUUGAGCUCGAUCCAUCUGAGCAUGAUUUCCACAAAAUGUCCAAUCCAAUUAAAAUCAAGAUGAUGGAAAGAGUGGAAAAGCAAGAAAUCAACGAAUCUAGUUUAAUAUCAAGCAUUGACCACUAUAAAAUUUCAAGACAACUUAAAUCUGAUAAGGAGCAAUCAGCUGAAUUGAUUUCUAUGACAUUUCUAGCUGAAGAAAAGCAACUUAAUAAGGAAACUAGAAAGAUUGCCAUCAAAUACUUGAACUUUAAAGGUAAUAAGGCAGAAGGAAAUUUGUCUGAAAGCAUUUUGACUUUGAAAAGGGUGAAGGAAUUUGAAAAAUCGAAUCUUGUCCCAAUUUAUGAGAUUUUAAAACCAGAGGCAAUCAACAAGCAAAAAGUUAAAAAGGUUCACCAUUUAGCAUUCACUCUGCCAUAUUAUAGCCAUGGCAGCGUUGCAACUAUUAUGAAAGAGAAAAUAUCACUUAGCACUAGAAUGAUUCUCUCCUUACUGAAAUACACCUUGGAAGGAUUUAAUUCAUUGGAAGAGGCUCGUUUCGAAUACGGAAAUAUUAAGGAGGAAAAUAUUUUAAUAGAGACAUUGGAACUAUCUUCAGGAACUAUUCGUGUUCGUAUUGCUGGUAAGUUUAUACUGUUUAUUUUGAUUAUUAAUUUUUCAAGAUUGGUGGAUUGUAUCGAAGAGUAA